AUGUGGAAGGUCGCACUGGUUGUUGGCCUUCUUGUAGUGGUCUUCGCUGUGGCCGUCCUUGCUCUUUGGCGCGCCCCCCAGGAGACCUACCGGGGUGUUGACCCCAUCCAAGCGGCCACUAGCGUUUGGGUCUGGAACACCACCCGGCCCUUCGGGUGUGGCCGCCGCCGGCGGUACCCACAACCCUUGUUCAUCCAGCACGACCACGAAAGCCGAUACGUGUCAGCUCCCAUCAACCUCGAUGCUGGCCCUACGAUGCUCGAGGAGCAGGCUGCCCCUGAGACGCCUGCUGCCCCAACAACUACCUCUCUGGUAUAUUGGGGUUUGAACAAGCUGGUAACGCAAUGCAAAGUCUUGUUCGCACAAGUCUACCCCAGUGCUGCCGGUAUGAAGCCUGGGGAGCAGGCCACCACUGAGACGCCUGCUGCCUCCUCGACUGACGUUACGAUGUCCGGGGGUCUGAGUGCGCAGCAAGAUGCGCCAAAUCGGUCCGGCCAGCAAACACAUGGCCAAAUCAACGAACAGUCGACCGCCGCUGCGAAGUCGACCCCGCCUGGCCCUCAGGUCGACGGGUCCGGUUCGAGUGACAAUUUGAUCUCGAAUGCCCCACAGGCUGACGAUAUGACGCCUCAGGGCCGAAGCACCAUUCGGGUUGCCAGGGAGUAUCUGAUCCCCGCCAGAAUUGGCUCAUCUCCGCUCCGUGUUAUCAAUAUCUUCCCUGGAGAAACUCUCGUGGGACAGAGCACGGAAUCUGUGGCACCCGCCAAUCAGGCUCCCACAGAUCAAACGGCGAUUGAGCGUGCUUCGCGGAUGUUUGCUGACACCGUGAAGGCCGUGCUGUCGUGGUGA